AUGCUCCCCCUCACCGCGAUCGCCCUCGCGCUCGCGGCACUGAGCCCCGCAGUGGCCGCAGCUGGCGCCCCCGCGGCGUCCGUCGAUUCCAUGGUCGAAAAGCGCGUGCCGUUGAGGACACACUCGAUCGCGCCGCCGUAUGUCGACACCGACCUGCAGAACCGUUGGUGGGACUUUGGCGGAGACGCCAUCAUUAACACCAACAAGCACAUCCGUUUGACGCAGGACCGUCAGUCCGAGGCGGGUUGGCUCUGGAGCCGUAUGCCCCUCGGUGUUACCAACUGGCAGAUUGACUUUGAGUUCAAGGUUGACGGCAAGGCCCAGUCCAUGUACGGUGACGGCUUUGCCUUCUGGGUCACCAAGGACCGCGCCGUCGCUGGCCCCGUGUUUGGCAGCCAGGAUUACUUCAACGGUCUCGGCAUCUUCUUUGACACCUAUUCCAACUCUCGCCACUCUUACACCUUCCCCCGCAUCACUGCGAUGAUGGGCGACGGCAAGACUCAGUACGACCUUGCUGGCGACAACGCAAAGACCGAGGUUGGAGCGUGCUCGGAGAACUUCCGCCGCCGCGACGUCGCCACCAAGGCUCGCAUCACUUACGUGAAGAACCACGGUCUCCAGCUCCAGCUCCACCACAAGGAGUGGGACCAGUGGAUGACUUGCUUUGAGAUUAAUGUCAACCUCCCGGACAGCCCCUACGUUGGCUUCUCGGCCGCCACUGGUGACGUCUCGGACAACCACGACAUUAUCUCUGUCCAGACUUUCUCUGCCACUCUGUACCCCCAGUACCGUGCGACCGCCCACCAGGCCGGUCAGGUCCCCCUCGGCAUCCCGGAUGACAAGAGGGCCGGUCCCCGCGGCCAGGCUGCUCGUGACAACGCUCGCAAGCGCCAGGACGGCAGCAGCAGCGGCGGCGGUAUUGUCGGCUGGUUCCUCUUCCUCCUCAAGGCUAUUGGUGUUCUGGCAUUCAUCGCCUUUGGUGUUGCUGCAUACCGAACGUGGGCCGCCCAGCAGCGUGCUCGCCCGGCAUACUACUAA